AUGUCGUUCAAAACAUUCACGACGACACCCUCGCGCGCGCACGGCGCGACGGCGCGCGCGACGGCGUCGUCGACGCGAAUUGGACAAAAAAGUGCACGACCGGCGGCGGCUCGAAAUCGCGGUGCCACGCGCGCGCACGCGCGCGAUGACGCGCCCGCGAGCGAAGGACGCACCGUGGACGCUCUGAAUAAGCUCUCGUCGCUGUAUGAAAGCGAAAGCGAACGAGACGAACGAAUCCGGGCGACCCAACGCGAACGCGACGCCAUGGAGGGACUGGGGUUAGCGGACGCGUUCAAGACGGCGAAGCGAGGAAGCAAAACGAGACGAGAUUUCGCGCGAAAACGCACGUACGGCGUCACGCGAACGUCCUUUGGGGCGGUGGUUGAGCUUGGAUGCGCGGCAGAAGUGGUGUACGGGUAUUGGACCACGCCGGCGGCGUUGGCGGAGACGCUGCCGGAGCUGGAAAAGUGCGAGGCGGCGGCGGACGGCGGGCGGGCGCGGUGUGAGUGGGUGUACGCGUUCGGAGACAUUAGGAAGAAACACGGAAGAACGGCGGUCGAUGCGGUGGAGCGACAUCUUUCGGUUGUGAAGGCGACGGAGUUGGAGGCGGGAUCGAGCGUGCGAUACGAAGCGACGGCUGGUAUGCCCGUCGGCGCGGACAUCGCGGUGACGUCCACGGGUGCGAAUUCGUGCACUUUAGACAUCGACGCGUGGGUGCACCUGCCCCUAUCGCUCACGCACACGUCGGGAACGAUGGCCGUGGCCCUGGACGUGCAAGAUAAGUUUUACCAAGCGUUGGCGGCGUUUAAGACGCUUUGCGACGAGGGCGACGCCGCGGCGCGACUGGAAGAAAUCAAAUCUAGCGCCCGCGACGCGUGCGCCGUCGGCGAUCGACCGAAUUUCCAGUUUCGAGGAAAGUAA